CAUGGCUGCUACUUCAUUUGUUUAUGUUUAUGUUGAUAAAUAAUAAAUCACAAAUUCCAACUAGAAAUUAACUAAUCUUGCAUUAAAUACACUGCAAAAUAUCAUACUCCCAAAUCAACUAGCAGUUCUAAUUUAUAAAUGUUCUCUACAAAGCCGAACAACAUCAAAAAGUUGUGAAAAAUGUUGGCCUUAUUGCUUUUAAAUAAUAUGAGUACGAAACACAGGGCUGCAAGGCGAAAAUUGGCAGAAAAAGUGACUAAAACCGAAGAGAAAACACCGGAAAUAGCUUACUGCAGAACCUGUUUAAGUACGGAGGACUUAGUGUCGAUAUUUUACAAUAAAGAGAGUGAGGAAAAAAGGUCGCAGGAUUUGAGACUGGUCACCGGCUUAGAGAUAAAAAUGGAUGAUGGCUUAUCACAGAAGAUCUGUGCACAAUGUAUAGAGACCAUGAACAAUGCACUACAGUUCAGGAGAACUAGUCGCAAAGCUGAGAAGACACUGUUAAAUAUGAUAUCAGGAAAACCCAAAAAGAAAUACACGACACGUCUACAAAAGUCUCUAUCCAAGCCAAAGAUCAAGAAAGCUAAAGUGGAGAAGGUGGAACUGAAUGACUAUAGCUACGAGAUCUUCAGCGAGGAGUUCCAGAACGAUGAUGUUGAUGACUAUCCUGUCAUGGACGGCAGUGAGAACAGUAGGAGUUUGAGACAGAAACAGCCGCCGAAAAAGAAACGUAUGACGAUACCCAACAGUUCUUCUUACAAAUGCGGCACUUGUGGCAAAGAAUUCCGGAUGAAGACGACUUACAAGGCGCAUAUACGGUUCCAUACUAACUACUGCGUUUGUGAGGCGUGCGGAAAGAGGUGUCGCAACAACAAUCAGCUGCAGGAACACAAGAGAGCUCGCCACGGCUUGUACAGGAUACACAAGUGUGCUUACUGCGAGUAUAGUUCUGCUACUAAAGAGGCGUUAACGAUCCACGAGCGGCGUCACACGGGCGAGCGGCCGUACGUGUGCGAUCACUGCGGCGCCACCUUCCACCGCCGCUCCAACCUCGUGCAGCACAUCGCUAUACAUCUGCCCGAGAAGAACUUCCAAUGCGACAUGUGCCCUAAAAGGCUCAAGUCGCGCAAGUUCCUGCAGAUACAUAAACACAAUGCUCACACGGGCAAGAGGUACGGCUACCUCUGCGGCAUAUGCGAGCAUCGCUUCGAGAAGCCGAACAAAGUGCGAGCGCACAUGCGCAGGGUGCACGGCGUGGCUGAUGAACAGCAAGGGCCGAUUGCUAGGGUGCAGUUGUAGGACCCCCUUGGUUUUAGCUUGGUUUUAGCCCCCUAAGUUUAGGAAGGGGGUCUAAAGGUAACGUUGUGUUCAGUUUCAUAAGGGGGUCAUCUAGACCUUCCUAAGUUUAGUCAGCUACUAGACCCCCUUAAAUUUGGUUAGGGGGUCUAAAAAGAACAUUGAGUUAGUCGGUUUCAGAGAGGGUCUUCUACACCCCCCUAAGUUAGUUAGGGGGUCUAGAGAUAUUGAGUUCAGUUUCUUAAGGAGUUUCCUGGACCCCCUUAGUUUACUUAGGGCGUCUAAAGGGAACAUUGAGUUAGUGUUCUAGACUCCCUUAUGAAACUAGGGAUAUUUUAGGGGUCUAGGGAUAUUGAGUCAGGUUUAUAAUGAUUUCGUAAGUGUUAGGAUAUUACAUAGCAUUCAAGGUUAGUUAAAAGUAAAUGGUAUAAAAAGUGCUUCGACUUCAUGUAUUUAAUUUAUAGUAAGCUGUAUAAAUAUAUUUCAAUUAUUGUACAUACAAUUAAAUCUUCCUGAUAACAUUUUGAUAAAAAAACUUUUAUUAUUUUGGGGUCCGAAGGGAUCUCCUUAUGUCCAUUGAUAUUAUGUACAUUGCUGUGAAAAAACCGACUUCCCUAAUAUACUUGGUUAAAAAGUCUGUUAAACAAUCUUCCAUGUUUAUUUCCAAUUGACCCCCAAGAUUGGGGGUCAUAUUUUGCCAUAUUGUAUCUUUAAUAGUAUUUUAUUGAAAUUAUUAGAUUUAGAAAUUAAAAUUAAACUAUACAGAUCUCGUAAAAAGUAUUAUUAUUAUGUACAAGAAGUCUAAUCAUAUUUUCAUGUGUGAUUAGUUUUUCAAAUAUUAGAAGGUAUUUUAUUUAAUUUUUUUUUUUUUCUGAACAAAUGUUGAUGGAUCCGCAAAAUAUAUUAAGUAUAUCUGUGAUUUACGCUAUCAGUAUAGAGAUUAGAAAAAUACAACUUUCCUAGUAUUUAUGUCAAAAGAGUUACCGUCUUACCA